ACGUCGUUUAAGUCUCGUUUGGGGUUGUUGACUCUGAAUAGUUUUGUUUCCUCGCAAGACGCAAAACAAUGUUAAGUGCAGUAGUGUCAUCUUCAUCUUCCAGAAUCUUCUCUUCUUCAAUCGGAAAAACUUGUUCGCUCUAUAGAUCCUCGAUUCCUUCGUUUUCUCGCUUAUCAGUCCGAUCAAUGGCCGAUUCUGCUUUCAAGAAAAUCCAGAUCCAAAGAGAUGACACUACAUUCGAUGCCUAUUUGGUUGGUAAAGAUGAUGCACCUGGGAUUGUGGUGAUUCAAGAAUGGUGGGGUGUUGAUUUUGAGAUCAAGAACCAUGCUAUUAAAAUCUCACAACUUGAGCCUGGUUUCAAAGCCCUUAUACCUGACUUGUAUCGAGGAAAGGUUGGUUUGGAUACUGCAGAGGCACAGCAUCUUAUGGAUGGCCUUGACUGGCCUGGUGCCAUCAAAGAUAUCCGCGCUUCUGUUAAUUGGCUAAAAUCCAAUGGCUCUAAAAAGGUUGGUGUGACUGGAAUGUGCAUGGGAGGUGCACUAGCUAUAGCUAGCUCUGUUUUGGUUCCUGAGGUGGAUGCUGUUGUUGGAUUCUAUGGAACCCCUUCCUCAGAGCUCGCAGAUCCGGCACAAGCCAAGGCACCUAUUCAGGCUCAUUUUGGAGAGCUUGACAAUUUUGUCGGUUUCUCUGAUGUCACGGCAGCAAAGAAUCUAGAAGAGAAGCUGAAAGCGUCGGGAGUAGCACAUGAAGUUCACAUCUAUCCAGGAAACGGGCACGCCUUCUUGAACAGGAGUCCAGAAGGAGUGAGCAGAAGGAAAAGCAUGGGACUUUCUGAUGAAGACGAAGCCGCAGUGGAGCUUGCUUGGUCUCGCUUCAACUCCUGGAUGAGACAGUACCUUGCGUAAAGCUUCUUCCCCGGUCAAUGCUUCAUGCAAGUCCGGAAACUUUUGUGUGAUGCCCAAUGAUAAUGACAUUGCUCUAGGACUUUUAUCUGAAUCAAAUAAAGGGGUUUGUUUGCUUGUGAAUCAGUAUCAUUUGGAAAUGUUCGAACCUUUUUUAUAAAUUUGAACCAGUAUC